UCCCUGGAAAACACGAAAACACAUAAUACCAGAACAAAUCAGACUUGCUGCGACAACAAUGGACACAGAGGGAAAGAAAAUAAGCAUAUACAAAGCAGCGAGAAGCAUAAAGAGAAGAGACAAUAAUUUGUAUAACGCUUUAAAAUCAAUAUACGAAGACUCCGUUUUUGUAGGCGAGAUUUCUCAGUUAUGGCCCGAUCUUCCUCUUCUUGCAAAUCUCCGAUGCGGAUUAUGGUACUCACCCGAAUUUUACGCUACUUGUUAUUUCAAAUCAACUGAUGGCCACACCAAUAAUUGGUCCUUUAAUACUUCUAGACUCAAUCUCCAUGUUGCUCAGCUUGCUGGACAGAAAGGAGGGUGUAUCAUUGUUGAUUCGACACGAAAAGGGAAGAGAUUUCCUGAUAGUAUGUCGAAAACAAUACCUAUUUGGACUUGUGUUUUGAAUCGGUCUAUUCUUAAUCAUGUGAAGAAAAAGCAAGAGGAGGCAGAUACCUUUAAUCAUGCUGAAAAUAAAAGUCUAGGUUCUCAUAAUUGGGAUUGUUCGUUGCAUCUUCCACUUUGGGUCCCUGAAACAGAGAAAGCAGCUAUUGAGGAAUGCUUAGAAGCAUGGACUAAAGAGUUGGAAGUUAGUGGAGCUGAUAUUGCUUCCAUCGCCUCGAGCUUGAAAAAACCUUUACGGCCUCUAUGGAUAUCACAAAAGACUGUUAUCUGGUUGAAUGAAGUACCUGAUCAUGAUUCUUGGGACUUCACGCCUAUUAUACUUGUUUCAGCCUCCUCCGCUAGCAGCAUUUAUCAACAUAGGACUACCUCUGAGUAUAGCUGGAAUUACAUAGCAGGAGCUGGAGAUGAUGAAGAAAGUUGGGCUAGGGGUCUUUCGCCCAGUCUUUUCUGGAGUCAUGCAUAUGAUAUAAUAGGUUCAGGACCUGAUCUGUGUAAUCAGAAGGUAGCUGAUAUUGUAGAAAAGGACAGAGUAUAUCAUGCUCAAAGAGGACAAAAUGCUCCUCAGGUAACUGUGAGGCCUGCAAAGACAUUAGGAAGUGCAGCUGAUCUUUCUCAAAAGGAACCCUCAUUAUCUUUGGAUCUGUGCAAUGGAACUCCUAAGUCUAGUGAGGACGAUCAUACAGUGUUUUGGCUAGGCUCAACUAAUCUUGCUGUGGGCACUGCACAACUUGCUGCUCAUGUGUCUGAUGUUGAUUGCAUCUUGAACUGUGAUCAGGAAUCCAUCUUGAUUCAUUUACAAGAUAAUGAAUCAUAUUUGCAUCUUCCUAUGGUGAGUUCAAAGCUCGAUCGCUUUUCCAUAUUAAGCAAGCUCCUUGAUGCUGUGAACUUUGCGAAGGUGCAUCUUAGCAAAGGGAAUAAACUUCUUGUUUGUUGCCACAAUGGGGAAGAUAUCAGCGUGUGUGUUUGUCUAGCAAUUUUGACAUCUUUAUUCGGUGAUUCAGGAGCCUAUGAUGAUGGAAAUUGCUUCAGCAGUACAAAUAUCACGAAGUGGGAGAUGCGGAGGAGACUUGUUUUUAUCUGUAAAUUUGCAGUAAAUGCUCGACCAUCCAGAGGAAAUUUGAAACAGGUGUUUGCAUUUCUUACUGGACAAAGAUCAUCCUCUUUACUUUCGCAUUCCAGAGAUGCUAAGCAUGAAGAAUGUUGCUAAAUGGGAACAAAGUAGGCGUUUUGGUGUAUUUAUCUGUAUAAUUUCAGAAGAAAUAGAGUUACGUGCUAAAGGAAGAACAGCCCCUUCAAUUUACAUUGUUCGGAUGCUAAGUGGGAAGAGUUGUGCUGAGUGGGAGUUCUUUUGUCUGUAAUUACAUGAAAGCUGAGUUAUUCAGGGGAAAGGAAAUUCGAGGAAGAUUUGUCUCUUCAAUUCCACAGGAGGGAAGUGACUGUUGCUUGGGACAUCUGUGGAAAAUUCGGGGAAAUGUUGCUCUAAUUUGUAACUCUUGAUACUAUUUUCUGCUAACCUUAUUGAGCAUUCUGCUAGUUGUAACACAUUAUUCUAAUUCUACUCUGUAGUUGUUCAUUAUACUGGCAAGCACCAAAAGUUUGGAGGCCAUUGAAGUAAAAGGAGAUGGGAGUGAAAGGGUGUUAUUGAAGCUAUGUCGGGACUCAAUCAUGCACCUUUAGAUUUCCAAACUGUUAUGGAAGAUUGCAGGAUAUUGGUACAAAAUUUGUUCAUUAUCGCGAACAAGGAGAUGGAUUGAUUUAAAUGGAAAAAGGGGAAGGUGACAUUUCAGUCUAUAUUUGCUUGAUCGAUAUAUGUAAUAGGAAAAGAGCCAAAUCUAUCUAAUUGAAUGGUUAGUGGGUUUUUCUUUGCAUGAACA